AUGUCUCCAGAGUCCCAUGCCGUGCUGGCUGUGCAGAACAUUCCCGGCUCCAAACUCCGCUGCAGCACGGGGCAGAACAAUGAUAAAACCCACACAGCCCUCAUCCUUUGUGGGCCACCAGGCUGUGGAAAAACAGCUGUGACACGCAAACUAUCUGAGCGGGUGCAAGCUGUUUCAAGGCAAGACACCGUAGUCGUGCUUCGUUUGCUGGGGACAUCCCAGCUCAGUUCUGCCAUUCACAGCCUGCUGAGGGACAUUCGUCUCCAAGCGUGUUUAGCAUUUGAUUCGCCACCACCUCCAACCCAGAGCAAACAGGCUUGCAGCGAUUUAGCCUUGUUCCUCAACUGCCCUCCAAAUGUCCACAUCAUCGUUUCCAUUUCCACAGCAGAGCCUGAUACUCUGAAAGCUCUCCGACACACUGUGCCUGAAGCUGAAGCAGACUUUGAAGUAGGACCCUUAACCUGUCAGGAAGGUGAGGAGAUGCUAGAGAUGCUCUUAGCAUCAGGCAGACGACGGCUAAGCCCAGCCCAACGGGCCUAUUUCUGUCAGGGCUUGCCUAGAGGUGGGCAAGCCCUGCUCUUCAAGCUGGCCUUCCAUGAGGCCAGAAAAUGGGCACCUUACACUGCACCUGCAGAACGAGCGAGUGCCAGCACAACCCAGGACACCAUGCACCGGAAUAUGAACUGGAUCAGCUGUAAAAUAAUGGCCUCUGGAGUGGAGAGUGUUGUUGAUGACUUUGCCAUGUGUGCUGAAUGCAUCAGCUGUCCAGAACUACACCUUGCGCAGGACACACGUCUCCUUUCGAAGCCUGCAGUCAGCAGCACGCACAGCCCUGAAGAAGCGAGUAUAAUAUACACAGAAGUGUUGGCCAGGCUUCUUUUUUUCAUGCCUUCCCACCCAGAGGUCAUCGGGAAGCUGUCCUGGCAGUGUCUAAGCUGGUGCAGCGUCUGUCCCUGUCCUGUCCUCGUCCCCCUGUGCGGAUUUCUCCAGCCGCCUGGCAGGCCCCUACACGCAACGCUCGCCGGAUUCCUCAAAGGUGUCACAGUGAUGGCACUCAGUUCUGAUUACCGGCUGCUGGUGGCAGGUUCCCAGGAUGGCUCAAUGCUUGUCUGCAAUAUGGAAGUUUUUGAGAUGCUGCACAUCCUUCCUGGGCGUGAAGUGUGUGACACACUGGGCACCUCUGCCCGAGUGAGAUGCCUAGAAAUAGCUGAGCAAAACCAGCUCCUUUUCACAGGGCUUGUAUCUGGAACAGUCCUCGUCUUUCCACAGAACUCCAGGCAGGACGUAGCAUGCAUCCCACCUCCAGAGUCACAGAAACCAGUCAACGACAUGGCAAUCAACAAGCAGGAAAAGCAGCUUGCCACAGCAUGUGAUUUAGUCCCUGUGCUGGAUAUUAUCCCUGCAGAUCCAUGCCCAGCGAUCGACAGGUCCGCCUACACCUUUAAAACUCAGAUCCCCGGCUCUCUGAUUUCCAGAGCGGCUGUCCUUGCAGAUAGAGUGCUCUGUGGCAUGACUAGUGGGGACUUACUCCUUUACGACUGCCCUGGGGCCCGAGUGUUUCCUUUGGAAGGUCACAGAAGGCAGCUCUCCUGCUUGGACAGCAGUCACGGAGAGCAGCGGGUACUCAGUGGAUCUGAAGAUGCCCCGCAGUGCCUCUGGGACUUGGAGUUCUAUCAGCAGGUACUACAGUGGUAAGACUUUAACAACAGCAACAGAAGGGGCAUUUGCUGUGCUUGCUUCUCAAAAGAUGAUAAAUACUCGUACACUGGGGCUCCGGAUCAGGCCAUUACAGCUUGGAGCACCCUUCAAGGUGCCUCGCUGGCUGUGUGGUGCGUACACACAGCUGCUAACAGAAUUGUACCAACCGCAGAUGGAUUUGUUGCAAUAACAAAAGCUGGAUAUAUAAUUCCUGAGAAGUUUCACUGUCCUAAGACCACCCCUCCUCGGUAUAACCCACUCCAGAACACUGUGGCAAUGUGGACGGUAAAAUCCAGAAAGACAGACAGGGGAAACUCAAGCAAGCAACAAUACAACCAAGGAAAUUCUUCUGGGAGCCGGAUUCAUACCAGCAAGCUCUCUCAAAUCUGUUCAGUGGUGUAA